UCAAGCAGUUCCGAUUGCAUCACUUCUUUAGCCCACAACACUUUCUAUAACUACUCACGUUUUUUUUCACCCCGCUCAACCCAACACCCCACUGCCUUCAAAACCGCCGCACGAUGACCGGAGCCGCCGUCCCCGCCGCCUCCCCCGCCGCCGCCGCGGCGACCCUCGCCCUCCUCCUCCUCCUCCUCCUCAUCAUCAUGUCCAGCGAUGCCCGCGAGCCGUUCGCUUGCGAUCCGAAGGACGAGAGGACGCGGGGUUUCCCAUUCUGCCGCGCGUCGACGCCGAUCCCGGAGAGAGCGAGGGACCUGGUCGGCCGGCUCACAUUGCGGGAGAAGGUGAAGCUGCUGGCGAACGACGCGGGCGCGGUCCCGCGGCUGGGGAUCGGGGGCUACGAGUGGUGGUCGGAGGCGCUCCACGGGGUGUCGAACGUGGGGCCGGGGACACGGUUCGGCGGCGUCUUCCCCGGCGCCACCAGCUUCCCUCAAGUGAUCACCACCGCCGCUUCCUUCAACGCUUCGCUGUGGGAAGCAAUUGGACAGGUGGUGUCGGACGAGGCGAGAGCCAUGUACAACGGAGGCAUGGGCGGGCUCACCUACUGGAGCCCCAACAUCAAUGUCCUCCGGGACCCGCGCUGGGGCCGGGGCCAGGAGACCCCCGGCGAGGACCCCUUGGUGGUCGGCCGGUACGCCGCCCGCUACGUGCGGGGGCUGCAAGGAGGCGGCGGCGGCGACGGUGGCCGGCUGAAGGUGGCGGCCUGCUGCAAGCACUUCACGGCCUAUGAUCUCGAUAACUGGAACGGGGUCGAUCGCUUCCACUUCAAUGCGAGGGUGAGCAAACAGGACAUGGAGGAUACAUUCGCCGUCCCGUUCAGGAUGUGCGUGAUGGAAGGGAAGGUGGCCAGCGUGAUGUGCUCCUACAACCAGGUCAACGGCGUCCCCGCCUGCGCCAACCCGAACCUCCUCAAGAAAACCGUCCGCGGCGCGUGGCGGCUCGACGGGUACGUCGUCUCGGAUUGCGAUUCGGUCGGCGUGUUCUACGACAAACAACACUAUGCGUCCACGCCGCAGCAGGCCGUUGCCGACGCAAUUAAAGCAGGCCUAGAUUUGGACUGUGGCCCAUUCCUCGCCAUGCACACCGAGGAAGCAGUGAGCGGCGGCCUGCUGAACGAAGCCGAAGUCGACGGCGCUCUGCUCAAUACGCUGACGGUCCAGAUGCGGCUGGGAAUGUUCGACGGCGAGCCGUCGGCGCAACCGCACGGGUCGCUCGGUCCGAAGGACGUGUGCACCCCGGCCCAUCGGGAGCUCGCCCUCGAAGCCGCUAGGCAAGGCAUCGUCCUCCUCAAGAACCGGGGACCGUCCCUCCCUCUCUCCCCUCGCCGCCACCGCACCGUCGCCGUCAUCGGCCCCAAUUCGGACGUCACCGUAACGAUGAUCGGGAACUACGCCGGUGUCGCAUGUGGAUAUACAACUCCUCUUCAAGGAAUUAGCAAGUACACAAAGACGAUACACCAGCAAGGUUGUGCGGACGUAGCUUGCCGCGACGACAAGCUGUUUGGAGGAGCGGUCGAGGCAGCACGCGGAGCUGACGCGACGGUGUUGGUGAUGGGGCUUGACCAGAGUAUCGAGGCGGAGUUCAAGGACAGGGACAGCCUCCUCUUGCCAGGACGACAGCAAGAGCUCGUGUCGAAGGUGGCCGCUGCCUCCAAGGGUCCGACUGUGCUAGUCUUGAUGUCCGGCGGGCCCGUCGACAUCUCCUUUGCUAAGGACGUUCCACGGGUUGCCGCCAUACUGUGGGCCGGUUACCCCGGCCAAGCGGGCGGUGCCGCCAUUGCCGAUGUCUUGUUUGGAGCAACCAACCCAGGAGGAAAGCUGCCUAUGACAUGGUACCCACAGGAUUACCUAGCAAGCGUACCCAUGACCGUGAUGGACAUGAGGCCCACCAGAUCGAACCUUUACCCGGGCCGGACCUACCGAUUCUACCGAGGCCAGGUUGUGUACCCGUUCGGCCACGGGCUGAGCUACACCCGCUUCAUCCACACGAUCGCCGUUGCCCCCGCGGCGGUGUCCGUCCCCCUCGACGGCCGCCGCCGGCCCGCGAACGCCACCACGGCUCCCAGUGGGGCGGUCAGGGUCACGCACGCCCGGUGCGCCGGGCUCUCGCUUGGGGUCCAGCUGGAUGUCAGGAACGCCGGGGCGAGGGACGGGGCCCACGCGGUGCUCGUGUACUCCACGCCCCCAGGUGGCGGCGGGGCACACUGGGCGCCGCGGAAGCAGCUGGUGGGCUUCCAGAAGGUCCGUGUGGCGGCGGGGGCCCGCGAGAGGGUUCGGAUCAACAUCCACGUGUGCAAGUACCUGAGCGUGGUGGACAGGGCCGGCGUUAGGAGGAUUCCGAUGGGGGAGCACCGGCUUCAUAUUGGGGAUGUCAAGCACUCGGUGUCGCUUCAAGCUGAGAGGAAUUAGCAAAUUUUUCCAUUUUUCUUUCUUAUUUUGGGGGGCAUCAUGGCAAGAUGAUUAGGUAUUCGUGGGAAAUUACGAGCAUUAGGCAUUUCUUCAUUUUCUUCGACAAGUUAAAUAUAUUUCAUACAUAUAGAUUGACUCGAGUAGAUAAGAACUCAUACUUCGAGAGCACCUAAAAAUCUCUCCAUAAUAUAAAUUAACAA